AUGUCUGGGCAAUCUGGGCAAUUCAUUCUUGGUGCAGACCUUCAUCCACAGCUUACUACGAAGGCAAUUAAGCUGCGUUGUGUAAGGAAUUAUGUUGUCACUGAAACAAAGGGAGAAAACAACAUAAGAAGCCAAGAGUGUGUGUUUGUAGAUGAACAGGGUAUGUUCAUCCAUGUGCACAUACCUAAGGACAUUGUAAGCAAAUAUAAGAAUGAAUUCAAGGAGGGGCAAGUUUAUGGGAUUAGGAAUUUCCUAUGUAUCACAAACUUUUUCAAAUACAAAACAAGCACUUUGCGUUAUAUGAUAAAGUUUAAGUAUGACACAUUGGUGAAGCAAUAUAAGCGUAUCAAGUUCCCGAAAACGAUGUUUCGGUUCAAGAGUUUCCCUGCUAUACUUUCAAAACAAGAUGUGGAUGAGAAAGUUUUAAUGGAUGUCAUUGGUAGAGUUGUGGAGAUUUAUUCCCCACUGGAGAAGGUAAUUGCUGGAAAAAAAACAAAGUUGAUAGACUUUGUCCUUGAGGAUAUGAGUAAAAAUCAGAUUAAGUGCACACUUUGGGAUGACCACGUGGAUCAACUUAUUCCUUAUUUCAACCAAGAUGUUACUGACCCAGUCAUACUUUUGAUCCAACUAUGCCGUGCUAAGUUUAUGGACAAUGGUGAAGUGCGCAUAUGCAGCUCUUUCGAUGCAACUCAGCUGUUUUUCUCUCACCCCUGUAAGGAGUUUGUUGCAUUUAAGAGCCGUAGCUUCACAAGUAACUCAACUCCAUUGCGGUGUAUUGAUUCCUCAUCUCGGCUUGGUGUUGGUCUUCCUAAUGGUAGUGGUACUUCCAAGGAAGUGUUGGUCAGUUCUAUUGAGGAAAUAUACAGUAAAAAAAAUUUGGGGGAGUAUUGGGUAGCUGGUCGAAUUGUUGGUGUUGAGAGUCUAUGUGAUUGGUACUUUAUCUCUUGCAAGACUAAUUCUUGCAAGAGAAAGCUGUCUGAGAGUGGAGGGAUGCUCUAUUGUUCUGGGUGUAAGAGCUAUUGGCAAGAAGGGAUUGUGAGGUAUAGAGUGAUAGUUCGUGUUGCUGAUGAAACUGGGGAUGCUCCCAUGCUCAUAUGGGAUCGGGAAUGUGCUGAUUUGGUUGGUAUAGCGGCUGCUGACUUAAAGGAGAAGUAUCCUGGGGGUAAUAACUCUAUUCCACCGGAGCUAGGACGUUUGCAUGGGAUGUCUAUGCUAUUUCGGAUAGCUAUGAAGAAAGAUCAAGUAGAGAGUUAUUACUCUGCUUUCACUGUUCUACGUGUUUGUAGAGAUGAAGCAGUUCUUACACAGCACUGCUCAGGUUUCUUAGCUUGCAGCCAAUCUGAGAUCGUGUCAGCUGAUGGUGGUUUGGAUGUUGGUCAAGCCUGCGAGCAAGUGUUUGUUAGUGAUGAUGAAGAGGGUGAAGGACUGGAAAUUGGUUCUGAAGACUUUGACCAGGACCAGUGUGUUGGGCUGGAUGAAAUUCCUGCAGAUCUAGAUGAUGGGGCUGUUGCUGUUCCUCUUAAGAGGUGCCUAAUGAAGGAUUUUGAUGCUGUUGGGAGCUCAAAGAAACCUAAGGUUGCUGUUGUGAAGAAGGAGAAGUAA